UUUGCUUUUUUUUUUUUUUGGCUACUGCUUCUACUAUCAGACAUGUCGAUAAUCAUUACCGGUGCAGGUGGCUACGUCGGCCAGGAGCUGGCUGCUGCCCUUCUCGCCAGUUCCCCCGACUUAACAGUGACCCUGACAGACGUUGUGGCCCCGGAAGUACCUGCAUCUGCAGCAGCACAGCAUGCAUCGCGAGCGAAAUGUAUCCAGGCCGAUCUCACCUCCCCCAAAGUCGUCGACGAGCUCUUCACCGAGUCGAACCACUUCGACACUGUCUACCUUCUACACGGGAUCAUGUCCAGCGGCUCUGAGGCUAAUUUCGAGCUGGGAAUGCGGGUCAACCUCGACUCCAGCAGAUACAUCUUGGAAAGGCUACGGGCGGUCCAGCCAGGCGUGAAGGUCGUAUUUACCUCCAGUCUGGCCGUCUACGGUCUUGCACCGCCGGGCUUCGUCAUCGACGAGACAAACUUCCCUCCCGUUCCGUUGUCAUCCUACGGGUCGCAGAAACUGAUUGUCGAGACGUUGCUAAACGAUUACUCGCGCCGUGGGUUCCUUGACGGUCGAGCUGUCCGUCUCCCCACGGUGACGGUACGGGCUGGCAAACCCACCCAAGCGGCGAGUAGCUUCGCGAGUGGGAUCAUUCGAGAGCCCUUCAAUGGGGAGAAGGCGAUUCUGCCCGUGGGCAAGUCCACGGAGAUGUGGAUCUGCUCGCCUUACACGGUCGUGAAGAACCUGAUGCAUGCGCGGACGAUCCCCAAGGAGGCCUUUGGGGACUCGAGGUCGGUCAAUCUGCCCGGGUUGGUUGUGAGUGUGCAGCAGAUGCUGGAUGCUCUGGAAGAGGUUGGUGGGAAAGAGCGACGGGCGCUGGUGGAAGAGAAAUAUGAUCCCGAAGUCGAUCGGAUUGUACAGACUUGGUCCCCGUAUUUCAACCCGGCUCGGGCGUUGAAGCUAGGAUUUUCGGAGGACAUCCCAAUGAUUGAGAAUGUACGGCGAUAUGCGACCUUUAACUUCAACCAGGCUCUGCGCAGUCGCGCCGCCUUGAAGGCCGUCCAGCCUGUCAAGCGUGGUUUUGCUUCUCCCGUCUCUCUGCCGUCCACCACCCAGUCUACCACCCUCUCCAACGGAUUCACGAUCGCCACUGAGUACUCCCCAUGGGCUCAGACCUCGACUGUUGGCGUGUGGAUCGAUGCCGGUAGCCGGGCAGAGACUGACAAGACCAACGGAACCGCACACUUCCUCGAGCACUUGGCCUUCAAGGGCACCAACAAGCGCUCCCAGCACCAAUUGGAGCUUGAGAUUGAGAACAUGGGCGCUCACCUCAACGCCUACACAUCGAGGGAAAACACCGUCUACUACGCCAAGUCCUUCAACAACGAUGUCCCCAAGGCUGUCGAUAUCCUCGCCGACAUCUUGCAGAACUCCAAGCUCGAGUCUGCUGCCAUUGAGCGCGAGAGGGAUGUGAUCCUCCGUGAGCAGGAGGAGGUCGACAAGCAGCUUGAGGAGGUUGUCUUCGACCACCUUCACGCUACCGCUUUCCAGAACCAGCCCCUUGGCCGCACAAUCCUCGGCCCCAAGGAGAACAUCCAGACCAUCACCCGCGAUAACCUGACCGACUACAUCAAGACCAACUACACUGCUGACCGCAUGGUCCUGGUUGGUGCUGGUGGUAUCCCCCACGACCAGCUCGUCAAGCUGGCUGAGGAGCACUUUGGCUCUCUCCCCAGCAAGGCCCCCACCUCCGCCGCCCUUGCUCUCACCGCUGAGCAGAAGCGUACCCCCGAGUUUAUCGGAUCUGAGGUCAGACUCCGUGACGACACUCUCCCCUCUGCCCACAUCGCCCUUGCCGUCGAGGGUGUCAGCUGGAAGGAUGACGACUACUUCACCGCCCUUGUCGCCCAGGCCAUCGUUGGCAACUGGGACCGUGCCAUGGGCAACUCCUCCUACCUUGGUAGCAAGCUCAGCUCCUUCGUUGAGCAGAACGGCCUUGCCAACAGCUUCAUGAGCUUCUCCACCAGCUACAGCGACACUGGCCUCUGGGGUAUCUACAUGGUCUCCGAGAACCUGACCCGCCUCGAUGAUCUGGUCCACUUCGCCCUCCGUGAAUGGUCUCGUCUGUCCUUCAACGUCACCGCCGCUGAGGUCGAGCGCGCCAAGGCCCAGCUCAAGGCUUCCAUCCUCCUCUCCCUCGACGGCACCACCGCCGUUGCCGAAGACAUUGGUCGCCAGAUCAUCACCACCGGCCGCCGUCUCACCCCCGAGGAUAUCGAGCGCACAAUCGGACAGAUCACCGAGAAGCACGUGAUGGACUUUGCUCAGCGCAAGCUGUGGGAUCAGGACGUCGCCCUGAGCGCCGUUGGCAGCAUCGAGGGUAUUCUGGACUACAACCGCAUCCGCGGGGAUAUGAGCCGAAACGCUGCUUAAACAUGUAGUCAGCUGCGUUUCCUUUUUAUUCGUUGCGAGAUUUUCCAUGGCACCCUGGAUCCGUUAUUUUCUGUGUUGGUGAUUUUAAUAGAUAGAGCCGGAGGAAGUGCGGAGAGAUGAAGCGUGUCUUGUACAGUACACACUGUCGCUGAUAUAUCAAAAUGUAUUCUUUUGUUCCCCAUAAACCGCUUUUGAAGCCACUUCCUCCUACAGUUUCCGUCUAUAGUGUUGUUUGUUUUUUUUAUUGGGGGUACUACUGCAAUAUCAAUCAUUCAGGUUUUGUUAUGAUACUAUACGCCAGAAUAGAUCAUGGUACAUAUAUAUAUAUAUAUAUAUAUAUAUAUAUAAGUCAUUAUGAUUUAUCUAUCCAGGUGACACGAUCCCUAAUGAUUGAGUCAAAGACAGGUAAAAUAAUAAAUACAUAAG